AUGCGUGAGCUCGUGCACAUCCAGGGUGGCCAGUGCGGCAAUCAGAUCGGCGCCAAAUUCUGGGAGGUCAUCGCGGACGAGCAUGGCAUUGACCCCACUGGCACCUACCACGGUGACUCGGACCUUCAGCUCGAGAGGAUCAAUGUAUACUUCAACGAAGCCACCGGUGGUCGCUACGUCCCCAGGGCCGUUCUAAUGGAUUUGGAACCAGGCACCAUGGAUAGCGUCCGAGCUGGGCCCUUUGGCCAGCUCUUCCGCCCGGACAACUUCGUCUUCGGGCAGACGGGCGCCGGGAACAACUGGGCCAAAGGACAUUACACCGAGGGUGCUGAACUCAUCGACUCCGUGCUGGAUGUGGUUCGCAAGGAGGCUGAAGGAUGCGACUGUUUACAGGGCUUCCAGCUCUGCCAUUCCCUGGGGGGUGGCACCGGUGCUGGCAUGGGCACUUUGCUGGUCUCCAAGGUGCGGGAAGAAUAUCCGGAUCGCAUCAUGGAGACCUUCUCGGUGAUCCCAUCGCCCAAAGUCUCGGACACCGUGGUGGAACCCUACAACGCUGUUUUGAGCUUCCAUCAGCUGGUGGAGAACUCUGAUGAGUCCUUCCUCCUGGACAACGAGGCCUUGUAUGACAUCUGCUUUCGCACUUUGAAGCUUACGACACCCACCUACGGAGACCUGAACCAUUUGGUCUCUGCGGCCAUGAGUGGCGUCACCUGCUGCUUGCGCUUCCCCGGACAGCUGAAUUGCGACCUGCGGAAGAUUGCCGUGAACCUCGUGCCCUUCCCACGGUUGCACUUCUUCAUGACGGGUUUUGCGCCCUUGACCUCACGUGGCUCCCAACAAUAUCGCGCACUCACGGUGCCGGAGCUCACUCAGCAGAUGUUCGAUGCUAAGAACAUGAUGUGCGCAGCUGACCCUCGCCACGGGCGCUACUUGACCGCCGCCGCCUUGUUCCGCGGGCGGAUGUCCACGAAGGAAGUUGAUGAGCAAAUGUUGAACGUGCAGAACAAGAAUUCCUCCUACUUCGUGGAAUGGAUCCCCAACAACAUCAAAGCCUCGGUGUGCGACAUCCCACCCAAGGGUUUGAAGAUGGCGGUGGCCUUCGCUGGGAAUUCCACAGCCAUCCAGGAGAUGUUCAAGCGCGUGGCAGAGUACUUCACAGCCAUGUUCCGGCGUAAGGCCUUCUUGCAUUGGUACACCGGUGAGGGCAUGGAUGAGAUGGAGUUCACCGAGGCCGAGUCCAACAUGAACGACCUGGUCUCGGAAUACCAGCAGUACCAGGAUGCAACGGCCGAAGAAGAGGGCGAGUUUGAUGAGGAGGAAGGUGAAUAUGAUGGAUGA